AGCGCAAGCGCCAGUCCGCAAUUCCCGCGGAUCCUUGUUACGCAUAACCCACAAAUGUGUACAAGCCUGCCGUAGCUGCUAUUCGCAUUGAGUCGCGAUCGCAGCGUGCGUAAGUUUGCGUCUGUUUCUCUCGUCGACGAGUUCGGUUGAGUUGCAGUCGUUAUUAUUUUUUUGUUUCGUUCUCUUCUUCAUUGGAGAAAGCGUGUGUGCAGAUCAUAGCCAGAUCGAGCAAGAGGACACGAAGAGAGACAACGACGACGACGGGCUCGUCCCGACUCCCGACUCCGGAGCGGUUCGCAGGAAGCCAAAGUUUCGCCUGUCGGUUAGCAGUUGUGUAUUUUCUUCGCUCGUGUGUUGUCCGACAUCGUUCACGAUACACUUCGAUAGCAUAAACUCUUGCGCUACGUAGGAAAAAUAUGCAAGUUGUUGCUGCAUUUGAUCGAUGGAAGAGAUUGUUCAAAUAAUACACAGUGAAAAUAAAAUUGUCUACUGCAGCUAAUACAUUGUGCAGUUAUGGGGGCAUUCUUAGAUACACCUAAGACUGAAAAGUAUAACGAGUCUGGAGAAGGCAAUGGACUCAAGUAUGGAGUUGCUAGCAUGCAAGGAUGGAGAACCGAGAUGGAAGAUGCUCACAGAGCACUCACUGGAUUAGAUGGCAGUUUAAGUGACUGGAGCUACUUUGCUGUUUUUGAUGGGCAUGCAGGGGCUUCGGUAUCUGCACAUGGUGCAGAAAAUUUAUUAGAAUGUAUCAUGCAAACAGAAGAAUUCAAAGCUGAAGAUGUGAUAAAGGGAAUACAUUCUGGAUUUUUAAAUCUUGAUAAAAAAAUGCGAGGUCUUCCACAAAUGACUAAUGGAAAAGACAAGUCAGGAUCUACAGCUGUAUGCGCAUUUAUUUCGCCAAAAAACAUCUUCAUUGCUAAUUGUGGUGAUUCUCGAGCAGUUCUAUGCAGAGGGGGUAGUCCAGUUUUUGCUACGCGUGAUCAUAAGCCAGUUCUGCCAGCUGAGAAAGAAAGAAUUCAAAAAGCUGGUGGCAGUGUCUUGAUUCAACGAGUAAAUGGCUUACUGGCUGUUUCUCGAGCGCUCGGCGAUUUCGAAUACAAAAAUGUCGAAGGCAUGGGACCUUGCGAGCAGCUUGUUUCACCCGAACCUGAAAUUUUUGCACGAGACCGUUCCGAAGAUGAUGAAUUCUUAGUUCUUGCUUGUGAUGGUAUUUGGGAUGUUAUGACCAAUGAAAACUUGUGCGAAUUCAUACAUUCCAGACUACUCCUCACUGAUGAUCUACAGGAAGUUACCAAUCAAGUCAUUGACACUUGUCUGUACAAGGGUAGCAGAGAUAAUAUGAGUAUAGUGUUGAUCACAUUUCCUGGAGCUCCAAAACCUAAUCCAGAGGCAAAAAAGAGAGAAGCAGAACUUGAUAUGUUCAUUGAAAGGACAAUUAAAGAUAUGAUAGAAUCUAAUCAACAAAAUAAAGAUUUCCAAUAUGUGUCAGUACUUCAUGCUCUCAUGGAUAUGUGCAUCCCAAAUUUGCCCCCAGGAGGUGGUCUUGCUGCUAAGCAAAAAUUAAUUGAAACCGUGUUCCGUAAAGAGUGCCCUGGUAUGGAAGACUCUAUCAAUCUUGCAUACAAUGAUGUCCAAAAUAAUUAAUGGCAAGUUUAAAUUAAACUGCUUAAAGUGUACAAAAACCUCGAGGAUUUGACUGUAAAACAAAAUUUUUAGAUCAUUCAUCGUCGUCGUGGCUGAAUAUUUAUUUUAAAAAAAUUUCCGUUGAGAGUGAAACAGUUCAAGUUGACGAGUUCUUUUUAUUAACUUUUAAUCACAAAAUAAUUGAAAAAUUUAAUUUAUUAACUCUUAGACACCAAACUAGACAAAGAUACCAGGAGCUUUUACUAUACAGCAGACUUGAACAUUUUGUACAAUACCAUUUUUCGAUUUAAAAAUAAUGCAAAUGUGAUUGCUUGAAUCUGAUAAUUUUGGUCAAUCAGCUCAAAAGCGAUUGAUGAGUAUUUUAAAAGUUUUUAUUUGCAUUAUUAAUUAGUUUUAAAAAAAGAAAAAUGCUUGAAACCUACAAAAGUAGAGCAUGCAUUUUGAAAAAAAUUGUGAAAUCACUUUUUUUUAUUAUUGUUUAAACUAAACAUGUAUACUUUUGGAAACUAUUUAUUAAUUUAGGAAGUGAUUUUAGUUGAUGAUUUGUUAUAUGUUUCAAUCUUUUUAUUAAAAAAAUUUCUUAUGACAUACUAACAAUUUCAUACACUUUAUCAACCUUGAAUCAUGCAUAAUAUUUUCAGCGAUAAUUGAAUAAUUUAUUCACUUGUUUACCUAUAUUCAUAAUAAUUCUGAAUCGAUAUAGCGAGUUGAAUGAAAAUAAAAACUAAAGAUCUAUACAUCAACAAUCAAGAAACCUAAAUCGAGAUUACAUGAAAACGUAUUUUACUUUAAAAAUGUCAAGAAGGUAUCUGAUAAAUGGUGUGUCGAUGCUGAUUCCAAUGUGUUAUAGCCUCUUGAUUUCAAUAAAUUUUAUUCGUUAUUUAAAAAUAAAAUUUUACGUGCAGGACACUCAAAUAAUAACAGAAAUGCAAAAGUACGAAUGAAGUGUAAUCUAGAUUUUAAACGAACAAUCGAAAUCAUACUUGAAUGGAUCCCUCCAUAGGAUUGAAUGAAAUUUCUGAAAUGAUAAAAAAUAUCGCGCUGUUAAAUACAGACAUAUAUUUUUAUAGUUCUAGAUAUUGAGAGCUCAAAAUAACAAGUCGCAAGUUGUAGUUUUCUGCAUUAUGCCACACGGUCGCAAUACUAUCCAUAGUUUCACGUAAUGCAUAUGUGUUGUACCAUACAAUUUAUAAAUUAAAUAUUGAAUGUUUAUGCAAAUGCACAUGAAGCUAAGGCACAUCAAUUGUGUGUAGAGCAUGGAAAAAACAACGUAAUAAUAACAAUAGAUCAAACUCUGUACAUAAUAAUAUACAUGGAUAAAUUUAUCAGAAAAUAACAUAA